GUCAGUGUUACCAUGCAUGGCCGACGACCGUUCGGGAACAUGCCGCGCCAUCCUGGUGGCCGCGGACUGCGCAACAAUGGUGUCCUGCUCAUGCUAGCCAUGCAGCUGCUUGGGCAGAUCCAGCAACUCGAGCGAAAGCCACCUGUAACGCUGCUAUUGAUGGGCGGCAUGGUUGGGCUCUUUCUGUACCAAGGCCAUCCUGGGAUACCCACCGCCCGAAAGUAUGCCUUGUGUCCCGACAUCAUCGUCGAGAAAUAUGCGCUGUCGCGGCUAAUUGUGUCGGCGUUCCUUCACGUGGACGAGUGGCACUUGUACAACAACAUGGCAUCCUUCCUGUGGAAAGGAGUGCAACUGGAAUUCCAUGUCGGCAGCGAACGAUUCGCGCGAAUGAUUGGGGUAUUGCUCGUGAUGUCGCAUGUACUGGCUGUUGUGGUGGCGUAUAUCCUGUCAACCUUCAUGGGCAAUUCCAGCUACAUCCAUCAAUGUGCAAUUGGGUUUUCUGCCGUCUUGUUUGCGCUCAAGGUUGUGCUGAAUCAGCGCUCCCCCACAUAUUCGACCAUUCUGGGCAUUUCAUUCCCGACCAAGUAUGCGGCAUGGGUGGAGCUCGUCUAUCUGCACUACUUCGUUCCUGGAUCUUCCUUUGUGGGCCAUAUCGCAGGUAUCGCUGCAGGCUAUCUCUACCUCUACGGAUUGUCCGCCGUCCCGACGAGAGCAACGACCAUUCCUGGUGGAACCCGCCGACCUGCGUACACGUACGCAUCUGGGCGCGCGACCAACUCGACACCGUCGACCGAGUCUGACGAAGAGUAUGCACGACGGCUCCAAGAAGAAGAGUUUCGCCGGCGAUGAACAUCGGUCGAGAUUGCCCAUCGCGACAAAUAUUGGAAUCGUGCUUCCUUUUAUGCCUAAUGGAGGGUCCGUUGAAGGGACAGUGACAAUGUACACAGGUCCAAGACGUUGUC